AUGGCACACAUCAACAGUGAGCGUUUGGAGAGUCUCUGUCCCAGCAGCGCCGGGGUGUCUCCUCCAGAUGCUCCUCUGCUGACUCUGAGGGAGAAGCGAGGCGCAGCGUGCAUGCUGUGUCGCCGGGCAGAGGCUGACCCGGACAUCUGUGGGCGCAAACUGGAGAAGGAAGGGCUCUGUGCCCACGUGUUUUGCCUGUUUUUCGCCAACGAGCUUUAUCAGCAACGGCUCAAGGAAUUAGGACUCAUGGGAUUUCUCCCUGAGGAUAUUCGACGCACCAUCCAGCGGGCAGCACGAAAGGACUGCUUCGUCUGUGGCGAGAACGGGGCCGCCAUCACCUGCCACGAGACGGGCUGCAAGCGCAGCUUCCAUCUCCCCUGUGCCGUGGAGGGUGGAUGCGUCACCCAGUUCCUUCCUCAGUACAGGUCCUUCUGCUGGGAGCACCGCCCAGAGCAGGCAGUGGAGGCGGCUCCGGAGGAGAACACCACCUGCCUCAUCUGCCUGGACCCUGUGGGGGACAGAAAGUCCUACGGCACUAUGGUGUGCCCAGCGUGCAAACACGCCUGGUUCCACAGGGGCUGCAUCCAGGGACAGGCUGCGCGCGCUGGCAUUUCUUGCUUCCAGUGCCCGCUCUGUAGAGAUAAGGAAGAGUUUGUCCUGGAAAUGCUCACCAUGGGGAUCCGAAUCCCCUUCAGGAUGCCAUCAUGGGAGAACAGCCAUGGAUAUGCAGCACUAUAUGAGAGGCAUGGCCGCUGCGAUGCCAGCGAGUGCCUUUGUCCAGGAGGCAGGGAGCAGGCAGAGGAAGAGGGGCCCUGGCAACUGCUCCUGUGCUGCUCCUGUGCUGCCGAGGGCACCCACAGACGCUGCGCCUACUCGGGGAACAGCACGGCCAGCUGGGAGUGCAACAGCUGUGCUGGCCUGGGCACCGACUCCAGUGCCGCCUUGGAGCUUGCUGGCCCCAGCACUGCCAGCCAGUCAGGAUCGGGCCAUGCAGCAUCAGGGCCGUCCCAUGGCUCCCCAGUGCUUGAGGGCAGCAGCCGUUCCAGCCCACCUGGGCCCAAGCGGGUGCGAGACCGCUCCCGCUUGCGACGUCGGGCCCAAACUCCCUACAGCCGGCCCAGAAGACGCCCUGAGAGCAGACGCGCCCCAGCACCAAGCGCUGAGAGCAGGAGCCCCCGCCAGGCUGCGCUGGGGACGUCCCACGGCUCCCCGGCACCCGACAUCAGCAGCCCCAGCACCGCCAGCCAGCUGCCAUCGGGGUCCUCCUCUGCCUUCCCAGCGCUCGACAGCGGCAGCUGCUCCAGCCUCCCUGGGCCCGUGCGGACACGAGACCACUCCCGCUUGCGGCGUCGGGCCCAAAAUCCAUACAGCCAGCCCGGACGCCGCCACGAGACCAGCCGUGCGCCGUCCCCGAGUGCUGGCCCUCCUCCCCCUCCACCGGCACAAUAA